UUGGGGCGAUAUUUUGAUAAUUUUGUUUAUCGAUAAUUCAAUAAUUUGAUUGGGAGUUCCCCUUAAUUGUUAAAGCUUAAGCUCGAGAUAUCUCCAACUGAAUAAAUUUAAUUCGAUUCAUUUUUUUCCCGCCAAAUCCCCACCCCUAGGUCUUUAUUUUUCCCGCCAUUUCUCAAUUCCUCAUUGGCUUUUGCUGCCUGCACCGUCUUCCUACAACACUCCGAUCGUUCAAUUCUAGUAUUGUAGGAAACGCUGAAUUGUUCGGAAAUGGUCAGAGAAGAAGUUGAGAAUACGAGUACAGACAUGGUAAUCGACGGAGUGGAAAGAGCGCACAGGUCAAACAAUGAAAUUCCUGAUGGAUUCAACUAUAACUAUCUCAAGAUUUACUACGGGAAGUUUUUUCCGUAUGCUGAUAUGCACAAAUGGAUGUCAUAUGGAAAUGAUGGAAAACAUCCAGGCUGUGAUCACUCUUACUUUGGGAGAAGAGAGUUUUCAUUCACCUUAGAAAAUGAUAUAUACUUGCGGUUUCAGUCUUUCAACAAUGUAGCUGAUCUUGAAAAGGCCAUUAAGGAAAAAUGCCCUUUCAAAAUUGAUAUUGGUCCUGUUUACAGUGUGGAUCCUGCAAAAAGACAUGCUUAUGCGCAGUCUGGUGAUAAUGUUUUCAGCCCAGUGGAGAGGGAACUCAUAUUUGAUAUAGACAUAUCGGAUUACGAUGAUGUCAGAUUUUGCUGCUCAGGAGCUGAUGUUUGUUCAGCAUGCUGGCCAUUGAUGACAGUGGCCAUUAAAAUAAUUGAUUCUGCACUUAGAGAGGACUUUGGAUUCAACCACAUUUUAUGGGUGUAUAGUGGUCGUCGUGGUGUGCAUUGCUGGGUUUGUGAUGGAAAAGCGAGAAGGUUGAACAAUGAACAAAGGGCGGCCAUAGCUGAAUAUUUACAUGUCCACAAGGGAAAUGAAAACAGCCUUAAAAAGGUUACUCUAGUUGGGCAGACGUUUCAUCCUUUCCUAGGGAGAUCUGCUGAAGUUGUGAAAGAAUUUUUCGAGGAAAAGUAUGUUUUGAGUCAAAAUUUAUUUUCAGAUGAAGAUAGAUAUGAAAAGAUACUGGAAAUGAUUCCAGAUGAAUCCAUUACUUCUGAGCUUCGGGGGAAGUGGCAGGAUAGGAAACGCUCACGUGAGGAUAUCAAUGUUGUUCGAUGGGGUCAACUUAAACAUCUUUUGCAAUCAGGGAAGCAGAAGAUGCUGGGUAUCCGCAGGUGUGUUGAAGAAAUUAUGUUCACCUUCACCUAUCCAAGACUUGAUUUGGAGGUCUCAAAACACAUGAACCACUUGCUGAAGGCACCUUUCUGCAUACACCCGAAAACAGGCCGUGUUUGUGUUCCCUUUGAUCCUAAACACUGUGAAGAUUUUGAUCCUUCUUCUGUGCCAACUCUUUCCACGCUUCUGGAAGAACUAAACAUGGGGGCUCUAGGAAGUGGGGGUGAGGAAGAAUUGGAAAAUACCUCACUUGGCAAAUCAAUCAGAUAUUUUAGGUCUUCUUUUUUGCAUCCUCUGCUUAAAUCCUGCAAGGAGGAUAUCGAAAAUGCUUAUGCUGCUAAAGUUCAGCAGUCAAACAAUUCGUUAAGCUGGUAGAGAGACUAUGAAUUCCUGUUUGACAAAUCACAAACACUAACACUGUUGCUUGAUGUAAAUGCUCGUUGUUUAUUUAAUGUGGGAAGAGCUACUUUCGUGUCUUACAUUUAUUCCAUCAAUCAAUGGCUUAUUUUUAUA